AACUACAGUUUUGAGACAGAAAAUCUCCAUUCUUGAGGAUAAUGUUCAAUACCUAAUUCUAACAUUAGUGCAUCAACAUUUAUACAGAAACAGAAAGUAUGUUGUAGUGAGAAGCAAGACUUUGAUGGCAAUUUGGGUGAACUGAAACUCUUAUUCCCAGAGCUAAUAAAUUCCAUUGCUGUAAACGAGAGCCAAGAAGUUCCCCAUACUGCUUUGAUAGAAACAAGUCACAAAUCAGAUCAUUUAGCUCUUGUGUGAUCACUAUCUGUAUGAUCAGAUCGGGCAGUUUAUGUUGAGGUGCUACAUGAAUAGAAUUACUAUAGGAAGAUGAGGAAGGUGAUUUAUUGUCUUCUUUGCAGGAUAACUCUUCUGUGCCCCAAUUUGCUGGUGGAUGUGGCACUGGAAGACUAAUCCCAUGAGAAAAUGUGAUUAUGAGAACUAUUUGGCAACAUUGCUCCUCCCUCAGGAAUCAAGGUCUGCAGCUAUGGUAAUUAGAGCUUUUAACACAGAAAUUGCCCAGGUGAAAGAUAUGGUGUCUACAACUCAUGCUGGAGCCAUGAGGAUACAGUUUUGGAAAGAUACACUAGAGCAGACGUUCCAGGGUCAACCCCCACAACAACCAAUUGCUUUGGAAUUAGCAAGGAUCUUGAAAUAUCAAAAGUUAACAAAGGUUUGGUUUCAACGCAUGGUUGACAGUAGAGAAAGCCUGUUUUCAGAAACAGGUCACCAAACUAUAGAAGAACUUGAAGAUUAUGCUGAAAGAUCUGUUUCUUCUGUUUAUUACUUAAUUCUACAAUCUAUGGGAAUAAAAGACCUUCAGUGUGACCAUGCUGCUAGUCAUCUAGGUAAAUGUCAGGGGAUUACUAACCUAUUACGUGGUGUUCCUUUUAAUGCAUCUAGAGGACGAGUCUACCUUCCUACUGAUGUGCUCAUUAAGCACAAAGUUUCUCAAGAGCAAAUUCUUCAAGGAUCCCAGGAAAAGUCAGUAAUAGAUGUUGUCUAUGAAAUUGCCUCCUUAGCACAUCAACAUUUAGAGACUGCUAGGUCUUUCAAGAAAGAUGUUCCACCAGCAGCAAGAGUUGUAUUCCUUCCAGCAGUUGCUUGUGAAAGUUAUCUUAAGAAACUACAAGAAGCCAAGUUUUGUGUUUCUCAUCCACAACUACAGCAGAGGAAUGGACGUUUGCCUUUAAUCUUAUGGUGGCAUAAACUAAAGAGAACAUUUUAAGUAACAGAAAAUAUAAAUUCAGAAUUUUUUAAACUUUGUUUUAUUCUGUAGAAUUUUGAAAUUCCGUUUCUAGUUUUGUAGCAGAAUACCCUUAAAAGUAAUAAAAUAACUUGAAGAUAUGAAAAUAAAUGUUCUGAUUAUUAUUUA